AUUAUGGAAUAUAAUCUGAAAAAACAUAAAACAUAUACACAUACACACAAUUAUAUAUAUUUCAUUAGGGCAUAGAUGGGCUUCCAAAAUAAGUUGGAGAAGCUACAAAACAUAGGAUUUAAGAAAUAAUCAUGAUAUUUACCAUUCUCUUGAGUAGUUGACCAAAAUAGAAAGAAGAAAUAUAACCACUAGAGACAGCAUGAUUGAUCCUAGGGCCUUUUGUUGGAAAUGGUGAACAUAAAGCUGAUUGAAAGAAACAUGUUCUGAAGGAGAAAGGAAACAUCUGUUUUAGGGAUGGAAAUGGAAAGAAAGAUGGCUACAGAUAACAUGUAUAGAGAUGGAAGAGAGAAGAAUAAAGUGGGGCUCACGUCUGCCAGCCUUUUCCUGUCUGGAAAGUUGAUGGCGUUCUCCGUAAAGUGAAGCUGGAAAAUUAGGGAUAAAGUACUUGGUGUGAAAAAAUAAGUUUAUAAUGAGCAUUGAGCAGAGCCAGUUUGAUUCAUCAGAAAACCACUUAAAGGAAUUGGGGGUAGAAUGAAGUCUCAAUUCAAAUAAUUCAGACUUUAUGAUUUAGAAAUGGGGCAAGUUGGAUUGAUCUUCUAAUUUUUGAAAUCCAUGUAGCAGAGUAAAGAAAACAUAGGAAGAGCCAAAAUAUUCAGGAUAUGAGGAAGAAUGAGAAGAUUCUAUCUUGGGACUUGGUUAAAAAAUCAAGAAAGCAUUAAAAACAUACUAUAUCUUGGACAAAUGUUGAUUUAAAAUUAUUUAAUGUAUAUAACUUUAUGUUCAUUUUUUUCUGGUUGUGUUAUUAUUACAGCAUCUUCAACGCAGAUUUCAAAUACCAGUGUUUUCAAACUAGAAGAGAAUCCAAAACCUGCACUUAUUCUGGAGAAAAAAAAUGAAGCUAACCAUCUAGGAGGACAAAGGGAUUCUAACAAGCGAGGAGGUGGUUAUACACAAGGAAAUCCAGGAAUAUUUAGUCUUCAAGGACAACCAGGCUAUUUUAACAAGCUAGAGAAACCAAGAAAUUUUAAGCAAGGGAGAGCAGGAGUUUUAAACCAGCCUGGGAUUUUAAAGAAUUCAGGAAAAUCUAACCAAAAAGGGAAUCCAGAAUCUUCUUAUAUGCAGGAAAACUCAGGAUCUUCUAGCCAACUAGGGAAACCAGGGAUUUCUACCCAACAGGGAAAUCCAGGGUCAUCUGGCCAACAAGGGAAACCAGGCUCAUUUAGCCAGAAAGUGAUGGUGGGGUCAUCUAGCCAACAGGGGAAGCCAGGAUCAUCUAGCCAACACGGGAAUCUAGGGUCAUCUACCCAGAAAGGGAAUUUAGGAUCUUCUAGCCUACAAGAGCAUCUAGGUUUAUCUAGCCAUCAAGGGAAGCCAGAGUCAUCUGGCCAACAAGGGAAGCCAGGGUCAUCUAGCCAACAAGGAAAUCUAGGAUCUUCUGACCAAAAGGGGAAGCCAGGAUCUUCUAGCCAACAGGGGAAGCCAGGGUCAUCCAGUCAUCAAGGGAAGCCAGGGUCAUCUAGCCAACAAGGAAAUCUACAUUUAUCUAGCCAGCAAGGGAAUCAAGGACCUUCUAGCAAACAGAGGAAGCCAGGAUCAUCCAGCCAUCAAGGAAAUCUACGAUUAUCUAGCCAGCAAGGGAAUAUAGGAUCUCCUAGCCAAAAGAAGAAGCCAGAGUCUUCUAGCCAACAAGGGAAUCUAGGGUCAUCUAGCCAUCAAGGGAAACCAGUGUCAUCUAGCCAUCAAGGGAAGCCAGUGUCAUCUAACCAACAAGGGAAGCCAGGGGCAUCUAGUCAACAAGGAAAUCUAGGGUCAUCUAGCCAGCAGGGAGAUCUAGGAUCUUCUAAGCAGCAGGGGAAGCCAGGGUCAUCUAGCCAGCAAGGAAAUAUAGGGUCAUCUGGCCAGGAAUGGAAGCCAGAGUCAUCUAGCCAACAGAGAAAAUUAAGGUCACUUUACAACCAACAACAAAGAAAAAAUAUUGACAGCACUUUGGAUGGCAAUAUAAUGGACUUUCAGGUUAGUGCUAAUAACUUCUUUUUCUCAGUCAACUUGACCUAG